AUGAGCGCGGCCGUGGCCGGCCGGCCGCUCACUCACGAGGGCGUCAUGCAGCCGCUGGGUGGAAUCAAUUUUGCGCUCAUGCGCUUCGCCCGCGACAUCUCUCGUGCAAAGGCACGACGGCGGCGCUUCAACCAGCGGUACGCUCUGGUGCCACUGCUGCUGGGCAAGGAGGAGCCGCUGCCGCUGGGCGACCCGGACAGCUGCAUCGGAUGCAUCUCCUUCACGCGGGACGAGCUCGCAGACUUUGACGGACGGCCGCUCCCCGAUGGCUCUCCGUCACCGCUCUACCUCUCUAUCCUUGGCCGCGUGUAUGACGUGAGCGGCGGCGCCGCCUUUUACGGGCCGGGCAAGUCCUACCACAAGCUGGUCGGCAAGGACGCCACUCGCGCCUUUUGCACCGGCUGCCUCGCGCCCUC